GCGGCGGCGUCGCUGGUGUUGGUGAGCUCGGCGCCUGCCGGUCGCGCGGCGGCGCUUGCGAAGGAUCCCGGCCUUGGGUCGAGGCGGUCGGCGCGUGGGGCACGACGUGCUGGGCUCGGCCAUGGUGGGCGUCCCUGGAGCGGCCGCCUUCCAGCUUGGUUCUGAGAAAAAAGUGCCAGCAAUGCCUGGAUCGCCUGCGGAAGUGAAAAUACAGUCACGAUCCUCACCUCCCAGCAUGCCACCCCUCCCACCAAUAAAUCCUGGAGGACCGAGGCCAGUGUCCUUUACUCCUACAGCAUUAAGCAAUGGCAUCAGCCAUUCUCCUCCUACUCUGAAUGGCGCCCCCUCACCACCACAGAGAUUCAGCAAUGGCCCUGCCUCUUCCACAUCAUCUGCACUAACAAAUCAACAACUGCCAGCCACUUGUGGUGCCAGACAACUCAGCAAGUUGAAACGCUUCCUCACCACUUUGCAACAGUUUGGCAAUGACAUUUCCCCUGAGAUUGGGGAGAAGGUUCGGACUCUUGUUCUAGCAUUGGUGAACUCAACAGUGACAAUUGAAGAAUUCCAUUGCAAGCUCCAAGAGGCCACAAACUUUCCUCUUCGUCCCUUUGUGAUUCCAUUUCUCAAGGCCAACCUGCCACUGCUACAGCGAGAACUGUUGCAUUGUGCACGGGCUGCCAAGCAGACCCCAUCCCAGUACCUAGCACAACACGAACACCUUCUGCUCAACACCAGCAUUGCGUCUCCAGCGGACUCUUCUGAGCUACUCAUGGAAGUACAUGGAAAUGGGAAGAGGCCCAGUCCAGAGAGGAGGGAAGAGAGUAAUUUUGAAAGAGAUACAAUUCCUUCUGAGCCUCCUGCCAAGAGAGUAUGCACCAUCAGUCCUGCUCCUCGGCACAGCCCUGCCCUCACUGUGCCUCUCAUGAAUCCUGGGGGCCAGUUCCACCCAACUCCUCCACCUCUUCAGCACUAUACCUUAGAAGAUAUCGCAACUUCUCACCUGUAUCGGGAGCCUAACAAGAUGCUAGAACAUCGAGAAGUUCGUGAGAGGCACCACAAUCUUAGUAUAAAUGGAAGCUAUCAAGAUGAGUUGGUAGACCACCGUUUGACAGAAAGGGAAUGGGCUGAUGAAUGGAAACAUCUUGACCAUGCCCUGAAUUGCAUUAUGGAAAUGGUAGAGAAAACAAGGCGCUCCAUGUCAGUUCUGAGGCGCUGUCAGGAAUCUGAUCGCGAAGAACUCAACUACUGGAAGAGACGAUUUAAUGAAAACACAGAGAUGAGAAAAACGGGAACUGAGUUGGUCUCCAGGCAGCACAGCCCUGGGAGUGCAGAUUCUCUCAGCAAUGAUUCUCAGCGGGAAUUUACCAGUAGGCCAGGAACAGGUUAUGUACCUGUGGAGUUUUGGAAGAAAACAGAAGAAGCUGUGAAUAAGGUGAAAAUUCAGGCCAUGUCAGAAGUACAGAAGGCGGUUGCUGAGGCUGAGCAAAAAGCCUUUGAAGUGAUUGCAACAGAGAGAGCUCGAAUGGAACAAACCAUAGCAGAUGUCAAACGACAGGCCGCAGAAGAUGCCUUCCUUGUGAUCAAUGAGCAAGAAGAGUCAACUGAGAACUGCUGGAACUGUGGUCGCAAAGCUAGCGAGACAUGCAGUGGCUGCAACAUCGCCCGGUACUGCGGCUCCUUCUGCCAGCACAAGGACUGGGAGCGACACCACCGCCUCUGUGGCCAGAGCCUGCACAGUCAGAGUCCCCAUAGCCAGAGCCGGCCACUGCUUCCCGGAGGGAGGAGCUCCUCAGCCAGGUCCACCGACUGCAGUGUGCCCAGCCCCGCCCUGGACAAGACCUCGGCCACCACCUCACGCUCCUCAACUCCUGCCUCUGUAACAGCCAUUGAUGCCAACGGACUCUGAGUCCUAGACUCCACCCACCCUGGCGGCCACUCCGCAUGACAGAGCCCCUGCAGCAGGGAUUUGGCUCUUGGAUUGUGAAGAAGAGCUGAAACAGAAGCAGGACUCGACCACGCCUCCCUGCGACUUACCAAGAAUGUGCAGAAGAACUAGGGUGCCGGGCUCUGCGCACAGGUGGCCUGACCCACCUCCGUGGCUCUCCUGUGCUCCUCUCCCAGUCAAAGCUGGCUCAGCCAGCCCGUUCCAUGCGGAUCACCAGCUCCCCACCUCCCUCGCCAGCGCUCGCCGUGUGCUCUCUAGAUCAUCCUGUCCCAUCCACAGCCACGGGCCUCCUGCGCCAGAGGCCGGGAGACUGGCGGCGAGCCCAGGAGGAGGCCUCUCGCCGCACACAGUUCCUUCAACUUCGCGUCCACCUCCGCAGGUGACACUGAUGGGCCUCACAGGGACUCGGGUAGGCGAAAAGCUGUACUCAGGACUCCUCCUCAGCCCAGAAAAAGGCAGAAAAGAAGCCAGUACUUCAGUUGAAGCACUCCUAUUGCUAAGAAGGAAAUAAAUACGUUUUCCUCA